UGGUCCCCACUGGAAGAGCUGGAUGAGAGGUGGAGGGGGAGCUGGGAGAACGAGUCGGUCCUCCACCAACCCUGUCUGUCCUUCUGGUAGGGGGAGAGAGCAGCCGGGUGGGGGUGAGGGAAAGGGGCGUAGAGGAGUGGUUCUGGAGUUGUGGGGAAGUGUAACCUAGCAACCACUGGGCUCAUGCAGUCACAAAGCAGAUAGACUUGCCCACAGGACAACAAGCCUUCCCCUUGAUUUGUCCUCCUGCUCUUUCCUGCUCCAGCGGCAGGGCUCCUUACCCACAUGCCAUAGCAGGCACGCUCCUCGAGUGUCUGUUCCCGUUUACACUCCUACUACCAGUCUAUGAGAGUUCUUGCUACCCAGCUUCGACCCUACUACUAAGUGCACUGGUCUUUGUCCUGUUGGAAAUAGAACAAAUGGCUACAGAGGUGACAUCUCAGUUGGUUGAGCAUCCACUGAUGAGUCCAAAGGCUGCGCUGAAACCGGAGAAGAAGUCAGGGCACUGGCCAAGGAGCCAGGGAUACUCCAGCGGCUCGCAGAAAGAAGUGGUGAUCCCAGGGGUUGUGGAUUUCCAGCUGAUUCAGGAGGCACUGAGGGUCCCCAAGCCCCAAACGCCCUGUGCCUACCGCUUUGGCCGUCUCAGCCACCACUCCUUCUUCUCCCGGCACCACCCUCACCCGCAGCGUGUGACCCACAUCCAAGAUCUCACCGGAAAGCCUGUCUGUGUUGUCAGGGACGAGUUCUCUCUGACCUCCUUGCCUCAGCCUGCACUCUUAUCCCGCUGUCUGAUGGGGAUGCCCACCAUCUCUGUCCCCAUUGGAGACCCACAGUCCAAUCGGAACCCCCAGCUUUCUUCUGAAGCCUGGAAGAGUGAGUUGAAGGAGCUGGCUUCCCGGGUGGCCAUCUUCACCAAGGAGAAUGAGCUGAAGAACAAAGAGCAGAAGGAGGAGCCUGCUCGGGAGCAGGGAGCGAAGUACUCGGCUGAGACUGGUAGGCUCAUCCCCACUUCAACCCGAGCUGCUGGGCGCCGCAGCUCCCACCAGGGUCAGCGGAACCACCCUUCAAGCAGAGAUGGAGGACUUCAGACCUUCCUCCUACAGGAUCAGGAGCUGCUGGUCCUGGAGCUCCUUUGUCAGAUCCUGCAAACAGACUCGCUAAGUGCAAUCCAGUUCUGGCUGCUCUCCGCUCCCCCCAAGGAGAAAGACCUGGCUUUGGGACUCCUGCAGACAGCGGUGGCUCAGCUCCUUCCCCAGCCCCUAGUCUCUAUUCCCACAGAAAAACUUUUGAGCCAGCUCCAAGAUGUCCAGGAACCAUCUCAAGAAAAGCAACAGCCACUCUACAGUCAAUCCCCGAAGAAGGCAAUGACACCACCUCUACUAAAAAGCGAAAAACCAGAGUAUAUUGGGAAAGCUCAAGUUCUCCGAAUGCAUUCCAGCCAGAACACAGUGGACGAAACAUCAAAGACAAAGGCAGAGAGCUGAGAAGCCCUCACAACCUCUCAUGCCCUGCUCAGAAGCAGACCCCGAAUUCAGGGCUGCAUCUGCUCUUACCACCUCAACAGCAGUACCGAAUGCCCUACCACAAAGAGUCUACUUAAUAAAUCCUGUCUUCCCGUUCAGAGGACAGUUCCACUUUUCUAGCCAUAGAAGGUCUGUGCUUGGGGUCAUUUAUUCCAGGAAAGGAGGUGACCUGCUUUGAACUAUCCUCACUCCCAUAGAGAAAGCCCAAGGGCUACUCUCUAUAUAGGGCUUACCUGGCUUUUUAUGUUCCAGAGACCUAAAGGGAAGAUGAUAAUUGGGGUAGCCAAGAAAGAGGCUCUAUUCCUCCUGGAGCCAAAACACACAGGCCUCUGGAUAGUUUAGAG